AUGAGAAAAAUAGAAAAUUAUACCGGAGAAUAAGCCAGAGCUUAUAAAAAAUUUGCCUAAAAAGCAAAAGGAAGCAGAGCUGAUUUUGAAGCAGAUUGUAUUAUUAUCAUUUUAUUUUAAGUAAACUUUAAUGAGGCUCCAAGUAAAUUUGUUAAAUCGAAUGAAUCAAAAUAGACAUUGAAAUCAAUUAAAGAUUAAAUAGAUUAUUUUGGAUAUGAGAUUGAACCAUUUAAUAUGAAGAAUGAAAGAGAUGUUGGUAAGUUUGAUGAUGGUGGAUAUUUUGUAUUCGAUAAAGCUAAAGAUAAAUCAGUAAAGUAUUAAUCAUUUUACAUUAGUGAUGCUUGGUUAGAUUAAUUAGAUUAAAGUAAUAUGUUUUAAGAGUUACAAGAAAAGGCUUAAGCAGAAAACUCAAAAAAAAUAUAGAAACAAUUAAAAGAAGCUAAUAAGAAUUAUGAAAGAAGGAUGUAGAAAAUAAGGGGAGAUGGUUUUUUUAGUUCAACUAAAUUUACAUCAAAAGCAGAAGCUGAAGAAUUCUAUAAGAACAAAUAAUAAAAAAAUGAAGAAGAAGAGGUAGAAGUGGAAGUAGAAGCUAAUUAAAAAGUAGAAGAAAAAGAAAAAGAAUAAUAAGUAAUUUAACCAGAAGAAUAAGAAGUUAAAUUAGAACAGUUAAGAAUUGAUUAAUUAAAGGAAAUUCUUUAUGAACUUCUUGAAGAAAAUGAGAAUGCAAAUUAGGCAAUGAAAAGAGUUAGAUAAAAAUUAGCUAAUAAUCAAAAAAAAGUGUUUAAAAAAAAUGUUAGGAAAGAUAAUAGUCAAUAAAAUGAUAAUUAAAAUUAGAAGGUUUAAGAAAAUAAUAAUGAGGCUAAAGAUGAAGCAAAAUAAACAUUAGAUAUUUUGGUUGAUAUCUGUACAAUAAUAGUAAAAAAAAGUAAUGAUCCUUCUAUUUAUAACAUAAAAAAAGAAGAAUUAAUACCUUAAAAGGUGUCUCGUUUAGAAGAAGAUGAUAUAUUUUGA